CCUCUCUGUAGUCUCAUUUCGUGUCUCUCUCCAUCAGCAGCGGUCUGGAUGCUUGCAGGGACAGAAACAUGGCUGUGAAUCUCGGCAAGAACAGACUGGCCCUGCUGACCGCCUACCAGGACGUCAUUGACGAGACCUCGGACACCGACUGGGCCUUGUACACAUAUGAGGAUGACAGCAAUGAUUUGACACUGGCAUCAUCAGGAGGAGGCGGUCUGGCAGAGAUCACACUGACCUUUGACAGCGGGAUGGUGAUGUACGGCUUCUGCAGCCUGAAGGAGCCCACCUCCGCUCUGCCACGAUACAUCCUCAUCAACUGGGUCGGGGAAGACGUGCCGGAUGCCAGGAAGUGUGCCUGUGCCAGCCAUGUUGCGACCAUCGCUGACUUCUUCCAGGUCAGACCCACCAUGGGGGUGGAGGUCAUCGUCAAUGCCAGCAGUCUGGACGACAUCGACCCAUCAGCCAUCGGGCAGCGGCUGACCAACGGCACAGUGGCGGUAGCAAGUCCGGUUUUGAGCCGUCUGAGAACUCGGGAAGAAGAACAUGCAGACGUGGGCACAGUGUACGAGAAGACCAAUGCCGAGGUGGAGAUGAAGAAAAUCAAUAGAGAGGAGUUUUGGGAGCAGGCCAAGCGUGAGGAGGAGAUACGGAAGGAGGAGGAGAAGAAGAAGGCUGCAGAGGAGCGGCAGCGCUACGAGGAGGAGCGGAUGGAGCUGGAGAGGAAAGAGCAGGAGAACCGAGAGAAGAGGUACCGUGAGAGGGAAAGGCAGAUCGAGGAGCACAGGAAGAAACUGCUGGAGGAGGAAGAGGCCAGAGAGAGGUUGCGGAACCAGACCACGAUCGCAGCAGAGGCGAGCAUCGAGGACCUCAACCUGGACAAGAAGGAUUCAGAGGUGGAGGAGGCGAAGGCCAUCAUCGCUCAGCGGUCAGGAAAUCCACGAGAGUUUUUCAAGCUGAAGGAGAGAGCCAUGACCAUCAGUAUCGACACCUCGCCCAUCUCCGUCCACAGGACCGGGGACAAUGAUGACGAAGCGAGGACAGAGCGCAACAUGGCCGCCGUGUCACCCAUUCCUAAAAUAGUCACCACGCCCAUCAAAGAAGACUUCAGCAGGGAUGAGGAGGACUGCAGAGACGAGUGGGAUUCGGUGCCAAAGCAGGAGCAGAAACCGCCGGUCCAGGAGUCGACACCCACCAAGCCUGUGCAGAGUGUCGCCCCGCAGGCCCGCGACUCCACCGACUUCUCUGUGUGGGAGUCCGGGACAGACAGCCUGGUCAACCUGUGGGACAGCAGUUCCGGCGCUCCCCCUAACCCGUCCCAGUCCUCCAAUCUGGUAGACCUGAUGGGCGAUCAUGAUAACGUCCCACCCAGCACCGCCACUGCCAGUGGCAAGCCUCAGCCCCUCCUUAGCUUCGAUGAUAUGAUCGACGGGACCUUCUGCUCGGGCACUGCCCCAGAGGACGACCCCUCUAGUCUGGUGGACGUGACGGCCUCUGACCAGAUGACCCUCAGCUACCAGCAUGCACUGCAGCAUGCAUCCGGCGAGAGGCAGGAGCUGGAUGACGGACAGCUGCUGAUGACCAAUGGGGAGACGCUGCUGAAAGAAGGGACUCAGGCGAGCGAGGGCUAUUUCAGCCAAUCACAGGAGGAAGAAUUUGGCCAAUCAGAGGAGUCUUCAGCUAAACCUGCACCGGUCUUUUAUAACAAGCCACCAGAGAUUGACAUUACAUGCUGGGACACGGACCCCGUGGUUGAUGACGAUGAUGACUAACCGGCCAAUCAGACACCACCACCGGACCAAGAGGAAGUAGGAAGUGCGCUUCAUGAAGAAACAGAUUUUUUUCUAAAAAACAAAACACAAACAAAAAAAAA